AUGAAAGGGAGCGCGCCGCCUACGAUCCACACUCCGUCUCCAGAUGGCGACGAGGCGCCUCCCGCCUACGACAUGGGCAACGCACAGAGCCUGAUAGUGGAGAGAACUACAGAAGCGACCGAUGAUGGACGGAUUACGGUCAAUCUAGACUCAAAGUUGGCCCAAGUCUUUGCAAGGCUCGUGGACGUCCCCGAGGUGCCUGAGCUCGACGAUGCUCCUCCACGCUAUACCGAACCGAGGUCUUGGUCGGUGUGCCUGAAUAUCGUGAUCAUGGUUGUCGGCAGUAGAGGUGAUGUCCAGCCUUUCAUCGCUAUGGGCAACGAGCUUCAGAAGUUUGGUCAUCGUGUCAGAAUUGGGACGCACGCGGUUUUCAAGGACUUCGUCCAGAGUGCGGGCUUAGAGUUCUACCCCAUUGGUGGUGAUCCAGCUCAACUCAUGGCGUACAUGGUGAAGAAUCCAGGCCUUAUCCCAAACAUGAAAAGCCUACGUGCUGGCGAGAUAGGCGAGAAGCGCAGGAUGGUCGAUGAGAUGCUUCAGGGAUGCUGGGCCGCAUGUGUUGAGCCAGAUCCAUACACUGACAUUCCUUUCGUCGCCAAUGCUAUCAUCAGCAACCCGCCUACGUUUGCCCAUGUCCAUUGUGCGCAGGCAUUGUCUGUUCCCUUGCAUAUCGUCUUCACGAUGCCCUGGUCGCCAACACGAGCCUUCCCUCAUCCUCUGGCGAAUGUGCGGAGCACGAAUACCGACGAGAAGCUAGCCAAUUACCUUUCCUUUGGACUGGUGAAUGCGCUGACAUGGCAAGGGCUGGGCGACGUGAUCAAUGGCUUUCGACGACGGACCCUGGGGCUGGAAGAAGUACCGGUGACCGAGGGUCCUUUCCUCAUGGAAACACUGAAGAUCCCACAUACAUACUGCUGGUCUCCAGGACUCGUGCCGAAACCCCGAGAUUGGGAAAACCACCUCGAUGUCACGGGCUUCAUUUUUCGUACACCGCCGCAGUACAGCCCUCCUGCAGAUCUCGAUGCGUUUCUAAAAGCCGGUCCUCCUCCUCUCUACAUCGGCUUCGGGAGUAUCGUCGUGGAUCAACCUGAUGAGCUUCUUGCAACAAUUCUCAAAGCAUUGGCAACGGCUGAUGUGCGGUGCAUCAUCAGCAAAGGCUGGAGUUCCCUUUCCAGUGAUGAUGUCCCAGACAACGUCUUUUUCGUCGGCGAUUGUCCCCAUGAGUGGCUAUUUCAGCAAACAUUUGCUGUUGUACACCACGGUGGGGCGGGCACAACAGCAGCUGGCCUACUAGCCGGUAAGCCAACCAUAAUCGUGCCCUUCUUUGGCGAUCAGCCUUUCUGGGGCGACCGAGUUGCUGCCACUGGUGCCGGACCUGCGCCCAUCCCACACCAAGAACUAAGUGCAGAAAAGCUGGCCAGGGCUAUAGACUACUGCAGGACGGCUGAGGCCCUUGCAGCAGCGAAAGCUGUUGCAAACAAGAUGCAAGCAGAAAACGGAGUUGCAGCUGCAGUGGACUCUUUCCAUCGACAUCUGCAGCCUGAUAAACUACGCUGCGAUCUCAUUCCCACUCUCCCAGCCGUGUUCGAAUAUACUUUGAGCAGAAAGAUUGACCUUAAGCGCGCAGCGUAUGAAGCUAAAAUUGUCAAGCUAUCUGGACUAGCCGCCGAGACACUGGCGCAGGCUGAUCGGGUGAAAGCGAAAGAACUUCGAAUAUACCAGUCAAAUCCCGUCAUCAUCGAGAACCGGCGAUGGGAUCCAAUCACAUCAGCAACUUCGGCAGGCGUGGGACUCGCUUAUGAGCUAGUCAGUACGACGAACGACAUCUGGUACUCCCCAUAUAAGAUGCAUAGCAGAAGAAACAAGUCGACCAACUCAGCAGCCUCAUUCGUAUCGGCCGAAGAAGACACCUCGGAUGCCGGUGGGCCUUCGACACGAGAGCAUAGCUCAAUCCGAGAGCAAAUUGAUAACAACGCAAUGUUGACGGCCAAGUACGCGGGAGCUUCGGCGCUCAAUAUCCCAAAAUUCUUUGGAGUCGGAGUGAAAGGUCUUGCAGUCGACAUUCCACGAGCCCUGGCUGAAGGCCUGAGAGCAACACCCAAGCUUUAUGGCGAAAAGGUCAAGGACCACGACCCGAUCACAGACUGGAAGAGCGGGUUCAAGGUCGCCGGCAAGGACUUUGCCAAAGGGGUGGGCACUGGGGUCGUGGACUUCUUCGUGCAGCCUUAUAAGGGUGCGAGAGAUGACGGUGCUAAGGGCUUUGUCACCGGCAUGGGGAAAGGAUUUUUCGGCACUUUUACAAAGACUGGCUCCGGGCUAACAGGACUGUAUGCAUAUCCAGCCCAGGGUAUCUGGCGUAGCAUCUACUCUGCGAGCCACUCGGAUACAAAGAGGGGGAUCAUGAGUGCACGUCGGAUUCAUGACAUCUACAUCUCCCGACACGAGGCACGCCAGUUCGACGAAGAGGUCAUCAUCAAAGCCUUUGACGAUCUAUGA